AUGGCGUCUCCGGCUGUUAGACAAGCAAUCUCAUCAGCGGCCCUGCAAUACUCGAAACCCGAGGGCCAGGUCUUCGAGUACGGCACCGCAGGGUUCCGCAUGAAAGCCGACCUUCUCAACACCGUUGUUUUCGCAGUGGGUCUGCUUGCUGGGCUUCGAUCGAAGAAGCUUAGUGGACAAUGGAUAGGUGUGAUGGUCACCGCGAGCCACAACCCCGCCGAGGAUAAUGGCGUCAAAUUGGUCGAUCCGAUGGGUGAAAUGCUCGAAGCCGAGUGGGAGGCAUAUGCCACCAAGCUGGCGAACGCCCCGUUGGAGACAAUUGCCGAUGUCUACGAUGAGCUGGUCAAGGAAAUCGACGUCAAGAUGAGCAACCCGGCCCGUGUUGUCUUCGCGCGGGAUACGCGUGCGUCGGGUUCUCGUCUGGUGGGCGUGCUGAAUGCCGCCCUCACCGCGACGGAGGUCGAGUUCCUCGAUAUGAAGUUCAUGACCACUCCUCAGCUGCAUUACGUUGUGCGGUGCAAGAACACACUCGGGACACAGUAUGAGUACGGCGAGCCGACGGAGACGGGCUAUUAUGAGAAGCUUGCUUCUUCUUUCAAAAAGGUCAUGCGCGGCGUCAAGAUUCAGGGCAGCUUGACCGUCGACUGUGCCAACGGUGUUGGCGGGCCUAAGCUCAGGGAGUUCAUCAAGUACCUAGAACCGGGACUUGAUAUCAAGGUGGUGAAUGACGAUGUCAUCAAUCCUGAUAGCCUGAACUUCGAGUGCGGUGCCGACUACGUUAAAACCAAGCAACGUGCCCCUCCAUCCUCCAAGGCUGCUGCGCUCGACCGAUGCUCUUCGUUAGACGGUGACGCGGACCGUCUGGUCUACUACUUCAUGGAUGAGAGCAACAUCUUCCGACUUCUGGACGGCGACCGCAUCGCCACGCUCGCAGCUUCCUUUAUUGGUGACCUCGCUCGGAGUGCUGGAAUCUCCCAGAAACUAAAGAUCGGUGUCGUGCAGACCGCAUAUGCCAACGGCGCGAGCACCGACUACGUUGAGAAGGUGCUGAAGCUGCCCAUCAUCUGCACCAACACAGGCGUCAAGCAUCUCCAUCACGCCGCGCUGCGGUUCGACGUUGGUGUCUACUUUGAGGCAAACGGCCAUGGCACGGUGACUUUCUCCGAGAAUGCGCUGAAGGUCAUCAAGAACACCGAGCCCCAAUCCCCAGCCCAGCAGCGCUCCCUCGAAUGCCUACAGGCCCUAACCGACCUGAUCAACCAGGCCGUCGGCGACGCCAUCUCCGACAUGCUCCUGGUGGAAGCCAUCCUUGCCCACAAGGGCUGGACCCCGAAGGAGUGGCUAGGGACGUACACCGAUCUCCCCUCGCGCCUCGUGCGCGUGGAGGUCGGCGACCGCUCGAUCUUCAAGGCCUACGACGCCGAGCGCAAGCUCGAGUCUCCGCCGGGUCUCCAGACCAAGAUCGAGUCCCUGCAGUCCCGGUAUAACAAGGGCCGUAGCUUUGCUCGUGCCAGCGGUACCGAGGAUGCCGUGCGUGUCUACGCCGAGGCCGCGAGUCGGUCCGAAGCCGAUGACCUUGCCACCCGUGUCGCCAAUGCUGUGCGCGAGGCGGGAAGUGUCAAGGAAAUCCUGCAGACGGUUUAA